AUGGUGACAUGACAUGGGGAGUCUGCGAGACGAGAGGAAAAUAUCAUUGCCACGUCAUCAGCAAUCUUAAGCGAACGGCCCUUCUAAAGAUCUCCUCUUUCUCUCUCUCACUCACCAAAAACUGUACCACCUCCUCAUAUUUUCCAUAAAUUUUAUUUAUUUUUCCUUUAAAUUUACUGUCACAUUUGUUUAAAACAGAGCGUUAAAUCUAAAUUAAUUCAGGAAAAUAUUUAGCAUCUGAUAACCGAAGCCCAGUCAAGUUAGAGAUUCUGAUUAUAAGUUAAACAACAGUUGUCUUAUAAGGCUUUGGACGGUUAAAGGCUGAGACGUUGUAGAGACUAAUUUUACUGUUGUGAAUUUUCAGUCCUUUUAGAGAGAGAUGCAAUAGUUUCUUCUGUUGAAUUUCGUACAGUUGCAGAGUGGAAGCGUAGGUCCUGGUGUGUUGUUGUUGAUUAUUCUGGUGAUUGAUUCAAAAAGGUAUACUUGGAAGAUAAAUAUUGUUUACUCUAAAUGGCUAAUCCAUCUAAGAGGUGGAUUGACGGUCUUCAGUUCUCAUCGCUGUUCUGGCCGCCGCCGCAAGACCCUCAAGAACGAAAGGUUCAAAUUACUGCAUAUGUCGAGUAUUUUGGUCAGUUCACAUCAGAACAAUUCCCUGAGGAUAUUGCUGAGCUUAUUCGCACCCGCUAUCCAUCUAAGGAGCAACGCCUUUUUGAUGAUGUUCUGGCAACUUUUGUCCUUCACCAUCCAGAACAUGGGCAUGCAGUUGUUCUUCCAAUUAUUUCAGGAAUCAUUGAUGGUUCGCUGGUGUAUGAUAAGAGUUCCUUGCCCUUUGCGUCAUUCAUCUCCUUAGUUUGCCCAAGUAGUGAGAAUGAGUAUUCUGAACAGUGGGCUCUAGCAUGCGGAGAGAUCUUGCGAAUUCUGACUCAUUACAACCGUCCAAUAUAUAAAAUGGAGCCACAAAAUAAUGAAACAGAUAGAAGCCACAGCAGCAGCCAAGCUACGACAAGUGAAUCUGUAGAUGGGGAACCAUCCUUUCAGAUACCUUUGAUGCAACAGGAGAGGAAGCCUUUAAGGCCUUUGUCUCCCUGGAUUACUGAUAUAUUGCUCGCUGCACCUCUGGGUAUAAGAAGUGAUUACUUCCGUUGGUGCAGUGGUGUUAUGGGCAAAUAUGCAGCUGGAGACCUCAAGCCACCUACUACUGCUUCUUCUCGGGGAUCUGGAAAGCAUCCUCAGCUUAUGCCAUCAACCCCAAGAUGGGCCGUUGCAAAUGGUGCUGGUGUCAUUUUAAGCGUAUGCGACGAAGAGGUUGCACGCUACGAAACUGCUAGUUUAACGGCUGCAGCAGUCCCUGCACUUCUACUUCCUCCCCCAACAACAGCUUUGGAUGAGCAUCUAGUUGCUGGGUUACCGGCUCUUGAACCAUAUGCACGUUUAUUUCAUCGGUACUAUGCCAUUGCAACUCCAAGUGCGACCCAAAGACUUCUUCUUGGGCUUCUUGAAGCACCACCAUCAUGGGCUCCAGAUGCACUUGAUGCUGCUGUACAGCUUGUGGAACUUCUUCGUGCUGCCGAAGAUUAUGCAACUGGUAUAAGGCUUCCUCGAAAUUGGAUGCAUUUGCACUUUUUGCGGGCAAUUGGGACUGCAAUGUCUAUGAGGGCAGGUAUUGCUGCUGAUGCUGCUGCAGCUUUACUUUUUCGCAUACUUUCGCAGCCCGCACUACUUUUUCCUCCAAUAAGACAAGUUGAGGGAGUAGAAGUUCAACAUGAACCUUCUGGUGGUUAUAUCUCAUGUUACAGAAAGCAGAUUGAGGUGCCUGCAGCUGAAGCAACUAUUGAAGCUACUGCUCAAGGGAUUGCAUCAAUGCUUUGCGCUCAUGGACCAGAGGUGGAAUGGAGAAUAUGUACAAUAUGGGAAGCUGCUUAUGGUCUGAUUCCCUUGAGCUCUUCAGCUGUUGAUCUUCCAGAAAUUAUUGUUUCAACCCCAUUGCAGCCUCCCAUACUAUCAUGGAAUCUAUACAUACCUCUUCUUAAGGUGCUCGAAUACCUUCCACGUGGAAGUCCUUCUGAAGCAUGUCUCAUGAAGAUAUUUGUGGCGACUGUAGAAGCUAUUCUUCAGAGAACAUUUCCACCUGAAUCCCCCAGGGAGCAAACCAGAAAAACAAGAUACAGCAUAGGUUCUGCCUCAAAGAAUCUCGCUGUGGCAGAGCUUCGUACAAUGGUGCAUUCGCUGUUUUUAGAAUCAUGUGCUUCUAUAGAGCUCGCUUCACGCCUACUUUUUGUUGUCUUAACUGUGUGUGUUAGUCAUGAGGCUCAGUUCAGUGGGAGUAAGAGACCAAGAGGUGAAGAAAGUUUUCCUCCUGAUGAGGGCGUUGAGGAGUCACAGGCACAAUCUGAAAAGCUGAAAGACAUUAAACCUAGAAAAGCAAAAAAACAAGGGCCUGUAGCUGCGUUUGAUUCUUAUGUGCUGGCUGCUGUCUGUGCUCUUGCCUGCGAGCUUCAGUUGUUCCCCUUGGUUACAAGAGGAAAUACUCAUUCAACUGCUAAAGAUGUUCAAGCUAUGGCCAACCCUGCAAAAGUAAAUGGAUCUUCUAUAGAGUAUGGACAUGGUAUUGACUCUGCUAUUCAUCAUACUCACAGAAUCUUAGCAAUUUUAGAGGCACUUUUUUCGCUGAAGCCAUCUUCUGUUGGCACCUCAUGGGGUUAUAGUUCAAAUGAAAUAGUUGCUGCAGCUAUGGUUGCUGCUCAUAUUUCUGAACUAUUUAGACGGUCAAAGGCUUGCAUGUAUGCACUCUCUGUUCUAAUGCGCUGCAAGUGGGACAAUGAAAUUUACACCAGGGCAUCAUCGUUAUAUAAUCUCAUCGAUAUUCACAGCAAGGCUGUUGCAUCCAUUGUUAACAAGGCCGAACCAUUAGAAGCACAAUUGAUAUAUGCACCUGUUAGAAAAUAUUCCCCUUGUUUAGAUGACAGAAAACAAAACAAGUGUUCAAGUGCCACUUGCUUUGAUCCUGGGCAAUCAUCUGCUUCAGAAUGUGAAGAUUCAACUUGUUCAGACAAUAAUCUCAGAUCUGAGAAACUGUUAGCAUCAGAUGAAGGCUUAGGAAAUUCAUUGGGCAAAGGUAUAGCAGGUUUCCCAUUAGAUGCCUCAGAUUUGGCCAAUUUUCUCACCAGGGACCGGCACAUAGGAUUCAAUUGCAGUGCACAAAUUCUUCUGAGAUCAGUGCUUGUGGAGAAACAAGAGUUAUGUUUCUCUGUAGUUUCACUACUGUGGCACAAGCUGAUAGCAGCGCCCGAAACACAACCCAGUGCCGAAAGCACAUCUGCCCAGCAGGGAUGGAGACAGGUGGUUGAUGCGUUGUGCAAUGUCGUAUCAGCAUCACCGACAAAAGCAACUACAGCUGUUGUACUUCAGGCGGAUAGGGAAUUGCAGCCUUGGAUUGCCAAAGAUGACGACCAAGGUCAGAAGAUGUGGAGAAUCAACCAGCGAAUUGUAAAAUUGAUAGUCGAGCUGAUGAGAAAUCAUGAUAGCGCAGAAUCAUUGGUCAUUGUGGCAAGUGCUUCUGAUCUACUUCUACGUGCCACAGAUGGUAUGCUUGUUGAUGGGGAAGCUUGUACUUUACCACAACUGGAGCUGCUGGAAGCAACAGCUAGAGCAGUUCAGCCGGUACUCGAGUGGGGAGAAUCAGGACUGGCAGUAGCAGAUGGACUUUCAAACCUGUUAAAGUGUCGUCUACCAGCUACGACUCGAUGCCUUUCUCAUCCAAGCGCACAUGUUCGAGCUCUCAGCACAUCAGUCCUUCGCAAUAUUUUGCAUAUAGGUUCAAUCAAUUCAAAAUCUAAGUUGGAAAUAUAUGGUAUCCGUGGUCCCUCUUACCAGUUCUUCAAUAUAGGUGCCAUCAACUGGCAAACUGAUAUCGAAAAGUGCUUAACAUGGGAAGUUUAUAGUCAGCUUGCAAGAGGAAUGACUAUACAGUUCCUCGACACUGCUGCCAAAGAAUUAGGAUGUAAUAUUUCCAUAUAACAUCGAUUAACUUUCGGAUUAUCAGUAUAAAUACCCUUUUUCUUUUUUUAAAACUGAGAAUACAAAGAAGACUUAGACUUGCUUCAAAUUGCUUGAACCACAUGGUUGGGGCAGAAAAUGCAGCUCAUCGAGUAGUCCUAGGGGAUGAGGAUGAAGGCUUUGAAUGCCAUGAAACUCUUCAAGCAAGGUUAGUGUAUGAUAAAAAUGCCACACUGAGGUUUCAUGUGUCUAAUCUUACUUUGCUUUAAGCUUAGCUUUGUAAGAUAUUUAGACUGAGUUUUCGAUUUGUUUGUCGGAUUACGAUAUUUAAUUUCAGUUUAACUUAGUUUAUUUCAUUAGAA